UACUAUAGUCUCUGCUGUUGCAGAGGGACGUGCGAUCUACAAUAACAUUAAGGCCUUCAUCAGAUAUAUGAUAUCAUCCAACGUUGGUGAGGUCAUCUCCAUUUUCUUGUCUGCUGUUUUGGGCAUACCAGAAUGUUUGAUACCUGUGCAGUUGCUCUGGUUAAAUUUGGUAAUAGAUGGUCCACCUGGUACAGCUCUCGGAUUUAACCCUGCCGAUGUUGAUAUAAUGCAGAAACCACCUAGGAAGAGCAAUGAUGCUCUCAUAAACUCCUGGGUUUUCUUCCGUUAUAUGGUCAGUUUGGAACGCUAUUUCUUAUUCUUCGAUGUGUAUUGCUAAUGUUGCUGCAUUUGUUUUGUAUUUUGCUACUUUGCUGUCUCUUUUCUUACAAUCCUGCAUCAGAUACUGUCCUUUUGAGCAAGGGUCUUUCAGAAACACAGCCUCUCUACAAAGGUAGGGGUAAGGUCUGCAU